AUGGCCAAGCCCUCGCCCCUCGGAGCCAGCCCUCCCCAGACUCUGCUCCGCGCCCGUCCCACCCUGAGGCUGAGCGGCUCGCGGGACCCCGGCUGCCGGGCCUGGCCGCUCUUUGCCCUGGCGGCGGCGCUGCUGCUGAGGCAGGCGUCGGGCCACCCGCAGUGCCUGGACUUCAAGCCGCCCUUUAAGCCUCCGCGGCCGCUCGCCUUCUGCGCGCAGUACUCGGACUUCGGCUGCUGCGAUGCGCAGCGCGACUCCGCCCUCCUGGAGCGCUUCUACGGCGUCACCGAGCACCUCGACCACGCCGCCUACGCCGCCUGCGCCAGCCACCUGCAGGACCUCCUGUGUCAGGAAUGCUCCCCUUACGCCGCUCAUCUGUAUGAUGCUGAAGACCCUUCUACACCUGUGAAAACUGUGCCAGGACUUUGCCCUGACUACUGUGUGCAAGUGUGGCAAAACUGCAGGUCCAUGUUCAAGUUGCUCUCUCAAGACAGGGAGUUACUGGCCCUGGAAAACAACAUGGCGAAGUUCUGUCGUUACCUUGCCUUGGAGGACGCUGACUAUUGCUUCCCUCACCUCCUGUCCAAUAAGCGCCUUACUCAAAACCUUGGUUUUGUGACAGCCGACACUGAAGGAUGUCUGCAGUUGUGCUUAGUGGAAGUCGCCAACGGGCUUAGGAAUCCAGUUGCCAUGGUGCACGCAAAUGACGGAACUCACAGAUUCUUCGUUGCCGAGCAGGUUGGCUUGGUUUGGGCCUACCUGCCAGAUCGUUCACGGCUCGAGAAACCAUUUCUAAACAUCAGUGAAGCUGUACUUACCUCACCUUGGGAAGGCGAUGAGAGAGGUUUUCUAGGUAUUGUCUUCCAUCCUAAAUUCAAAUUUAAUGGUAAAGUGUUUGUCUACUAUUCAGUUGAAGUUGGGUAUGAAGAGAGAAUCCGAAUCAGUGAGUUCAGAAUUUCUCCCGAUGACAUGAAUUCUGUGGACCAUAGAUCUGAAAGAAUAAUUCUGGAGAUAGAUGAACCAGCUUCCAAUCAUAACGGAGGAGAACUGCUGUUUGGAGACGACGGCUAUCUUUAUAUCUUCACUGGAGAUGGAGGGAUGGCUGGUGAUCCUUUUGGCACAUUUGGAAAUGCUCAAAACAAGUCAGCGCUUCUUGGCAAAGUGCUCCGGAUCAACAUCGACAACAAUGACCGCGGCCCUCUCUACCGGAUUCCUCCUGACAACCCUUUCGUACACGAACCGAAAGCUCGGCCCGAAGUCUAUGCUUAUGGAGCGAGGAAUAUGUGGCGCUGCUCCUUCGACAGGGGUGACCCCUACACGAAGGAAGGGAAAGGACGGCUUUUCUGCGGUGACGUAGGGCAGAACAAAUUUGAGGAAAUUGACCUCGUGGAGAAAGGGAAAAAUUAUGGCUGGAGAGCAAGAGAAGGGUUCAGUUGUUAUGACAAAAAGCUCUGCAUCAAUUCCUCAUUAGAUGACGUGCUCCCAAUAUAUGCUUACCCACACAAAAUGGGGAAAUCAGUUACUGGAGGCUAUGUCUAUCGGGGUUGUGAGUCUCCAAACUUGAAUGGGCUGUACAUAUUUGGUGAUUUUAUGAGUGGGCGUCUAAUGUCCUUGAAGGAGAACCGUGUCACUGGAGAAUGGGAGUACAAUGAAAUAUGCAUGGGAAUAGGACAAACUUGCAUGUUUCCUGGACUUAUCAAUAACUACUAUCAGUAUAUCAUCUCUUUUGCUGAAGAUGAGGCAGAGCUUAUAAUAAAAACACCAACACAACGUCCUAAACUAAGAUCCACGACUCGAGCUCCAGCAAGGGCCAAGGCAACCGCAGAACCGCCUCGCGUCACGACUCCAGACUGGGUGGAACAAAUCUUGACUCUGCUAAGAAGUCAAAACAGAGUGCUGAUGACCACCGCACCACCAAAAACCAAAGCCCCAAAGCCAAGGAAAGGGGGGAGGACAGGGGGAAGGAGAGGGCAGAGGAGGAAGAACAAGCCAACCAGCGCUCCCGCACAGCCACGGAACGGUGCAGUCCGAAUAAUGAAUGGCAACGUGGAAGGGAGGGACCGAGGGAGAGUGGAAAUCUUUAUCAACGGAAAGUGGGGCACCGUGUGCGACGACUUGUGGACUUCCAAGGCAGCUUCAGUAGUUUGCCGCCAGCUGGGCUAUGCUUUUGUGAUCAAGGCAACUAAGAAAGCAGAGUUUGGGGAGGGACGUUCACUUCCCAUUCUUCUUGAUGAUGUUCAGUGCUCAGGCCGGGAGAAAACCCUACUGGAAUGCACACAUGCAGACAUUGGGAAGCACAACUGUUCCCACAAAGAGGACGCAGGAGUGAUAUGUAGUCAUGAGGACGUUACUGAGACUGAACAAUAGGUGGGGUAGGAGCACUGGCUGGCCCCGCUUCUUUCUUUCUAAAUGCCAUUGUCUGAUGUGGGAUGGUGUUUGUCAAAUGAAUACAUCUUGAUUUAGGAGUUGUGUGUAUUGGGUGAGCAAGAAGGGGUAUGCUGUGUAUAAAACUGCAGCGUCUUGGUCACUGAUUGUUUACCGUUUUGCAACUGGAAGAAAAUAUAAUAG